GACGAACACGUCGCUGCUGCGGUUUGUUCGAUCCGGAUCAGUUGCUUACUGAUGCGGUUCUGCUCAGCUGUGCUCUGUUUGACCGGAUCAAGUCCAAGAUGAGGGAUCUCCGCUAAGAUUGGUUUUCCCAUUUUCUGGGUUUAAAGACUGACAGUUUCAGCAGCUGACAUGGAUAAAUUUGGGAUGAGUUUUGGGGGUGGCCCCAGCAAAAAGGAGCUCCUGGACAUGAUUGAGACUCAGAAAAAACAGCUGGUCCAAUACCAGACCCGCUUCAGGGAUGUGGUCCGGGCCUACAAGAGUCUUCUGAAGGAGAAGGAGGCUCUGGAAGCCAGUCUGAAGGUCCUGAGUGUGUCUCAGGAGGUGGACCUCAGUCAGUGUGGCGGGAACAUGGUUGCUGCUGAGCUGGCGGAGGACCACUGCUCCCUCCACAGCGAGGACAGUCUAGACACCGCUGCCUCGCUGGAAACGGCCACCAGUAUUAACAGCGAGGGCGCCAGCAGGGGCGAGCAGGCCGAGGACGAGCAUGAAUCAGAGCAUGGAGACACCGCGGAGCCUGAGAGCAACACCGAGGGGACGGCGGCGCUGCAGCCCGUCAGCAGAGUGCUUCAGCUGAAGAGCCAGCUCAGCACGCUGACCAGCUCUCUGGCCACCGUCACGCAAGAAAAGUCACGGAUGGAGGCCAGCUUUCAAGCGGACAAGAGGAAACUGAAGCAGGAGCUGGAGGAGCUCCAGGAGCAGCUGGAGGCCAGCGAGAGGCAGUGGGAGGCGGAGUUAGCAAGUCUGCAGGAACAGCUGGUGGAGAGCAAAGCUCGCGUCAUCACUCAGCAGCACGAGAGGGAACAGGAGCAGGGCGACCACGCCCUCAUGCUCCGAGAGCUGCAGAAGCUCCUGCAGGAGGAGCGAGGCCUCCGCCAAGACACGGAGCUCCGCUUGGAGGACACCAACACCGCACUGCUCGAAGCUAUGCAGGCAGCCAAAGAGGGCGCCGCGCUCCGGGACCAGCUGGACAAGGUGAGCGAGCAGCGAGACGAGGCGCUGAGAAGACUCCAGGAGACCGAGGCGGAGAAGAACCAACCGGACCCGCGAGUGGAGGAGCUGCAGAUGAAGCUCGAGCACUUGAAGGACCAGUACCAGCAGCAAGUCCACCACGAGAUCAGAAAGGUAACACAGCACAGUCCCGUCCUCAUUCUUGUCUUCUGCUGUCUCUGCCUCUUUUCUAAAGUUUGUCUGCCACCAACUGGCCAGGAGUAUGUAUUACCGCCUUCUGUUCUACAGUUUGACAAGCAAGCUGGUCAGGACAGCAAGACGCUCCAGUCACUCAAGGUAGCUUUAGCCUCCUUGCGAUCUGCGACUUUGAAGGAGCAGCGCACCUUCAUCGAGGCAGUUUUUGAAGACCAUCUGGAUUCCACUGAGACUGAGCAAGAAACUCCAACACUAGCUGCGGUUACAUGGACCAAAGUAAACCUGGACCUCACCUCCAUGCCAGCUUGUUAUCAUGACCUGGCUCUAGUCUUCAGCAAAUCCAAGGCUAAGUCUCUACCUCCUCAUUGUGAAGGGGAUUGUGCCAUAGACCUUCUUCCCGGGACCACGCCACCUAGAGAAGACAUCCUAAUUUUCUCCCCCAAUGAGGAUACCCACAGUAUGCAUGUCCGUACGGUACUGCAGCGUCUGCUGCAACACCGGUUAUAUGUCAAGAUGGAGAAAUGUGAGUUCCACAAGCCCUCAGUGUCUUUUCUGGGGUUUGUGUUGGCUGAGGGGGAGGUCCAGAUGGAUCUGGUGCUACUCCUCCUGGACCCCAGCCGGCAGUUUGUGGUCAGGGUGGACGCAUCUGAUAUUGACGGUGGAGCCGUCCUUUCUCAAGUCCCCCCCUCUGAUGAAGCUCUCACCCCUGAACGCAAUUACGGCAUUGGUGACCGCGAGCUGGUGGCUGUUAAAGUGGCCCUGGAGGAGUGGUGUCUUUCGUUGGAGGAGGUGUCGCUGCCAAAUUUGGUUCUUAUAGAUCACAAGAACUUAGAGUCGAGAGGUGAGUUUGGCAACGUGGUGAGAAACACAGACACAAACAGAGACAACAAGUUGGACUGA